AUGAUUAGUGACGCCAUAGAAACCACACAAUGUCAACGAAAGGAUCCAGUAGAUUUGUUUCAUUCUGGGCACUUUGUAAAAAUAUGUGCCCCUAUGGUCCGAUAUUCAAAGUUGGCUUUCAGAACUUUGGUCAGGAAAUACAACUGUGAUUUGUGUUAUACACCAAUGAUAAUUGCUGCUGAUUUUGUCAGAUCUGUGAAAGCUAGAGACAGUGAAUUCACAACAAGCAAAGGUGAUCGCCCACUGAUUGUUCAGUUUGCUGCUAAUGAAGCACAGGUUUUAUCUGAUGCUGCCCGUAUCGUCUGUCCUUUUGCAGAUGGAAUAGACCUAAAUUGUGGCUGUCCUCAGAGAUGGGCAAUGGCGGAAGGUUAUGGUGCUUGUUUAAUAAAUAAACCAGAGCUGGUUCAAGAUAUGGUGAGACACGUAAGAAAUCAAGUAGAGAACCCCAGAUUUUCAGUAUCUAUUAAGAUAAGAAUCCAUGAUGAUCUAAAGAGAACUGUAGAUCUCUGUCGAAAAGCUGAAGCAACUGGAGUUUCCUGGAUUACAGUUCAUGGGAGAAAUGUAGAAGAACGACAUCAGCCAGUACACUAUGAUGCAAUUAAAAUAAUUAAACAAAAUAUGUCUAUACCUAUUGUAGCUAAUGGAGACGUUAAAACUUUAAAAGAUGCUGAGAAUAUUCAUCAUAUGACGGGGACAGAUGGUAAGAACUCAAAGAUGACUUUUCAGUGGACAGCAGUUGCAACCUUUCUGUAUACUGAAAUAGGAGUGAUUUUACUGCUCUGUGUACCGUUUAUUUCUCCACUAAGAUGGCAGAAGAUCUUUAUGAUUCCACUAUGGAAUAAAAUAGCAAAUUAUUGGAAUAAGGCAUUCCUAACAAUAAUCGUUCUACUGAUUGUUUUGUUUCUUGAUGCUAUUAGAGAAGUGAAGAAAUACUCAACUGCACAAGGGACUGAAAAGGCUGCAAAUAUCAACCCCAAUGCCUAUGAUCAUAUUCAGAUGAAACUUUUUAGGUCACAAAGAAACCUUUACAUCUCAGGAUUCUCCCUGUUUCUCUGGCUUGUACUGAGACGUACUGUCACCCUUAUUACUCAGUUGGCCAAAGAGAUGGGAAUUCAGGUAGCUAUGGAAAUUCGAGUAGCAAAUACUAAUGAAGCUGCCAGAAAAUACAUGGAGGAGAAUGAAAAGUUGCAACAGGCGUUGAAUGAAAAAGGGAAGUGUGAAAAUGAACAGGCUCUAGAAGAAGACAAUAAAAAACUGAGGAAAGAAACAGAAAAACUGAAAGCGGAAUUAAAGAAAACUUCGAAUGCUCUUUCCAAGGCAACAAAUGAAGUGACUGCAAUUAAAAAGCAAUCGGAAGGCCUUAAAAGAGAAUAUGAUCGCCUUAUGAAAGAACAUGAACGGCUGCAGGACCUCCUAGAUGAAGAGGAGGACAAGAAAGACCAGUAGAAGGAAUUCAGGAAAGACUACUUUGAUAUAACUGCAUCAGUGUGAAGUCUCUUGUUCUUUUCUUUAGCCUCCUGAAGUAGAUGACACAAGGUUUGAUUUUCUUAAGAAAAUCAAAUGCACUGUAGUUCACUACUCAGAUUCUACUUAUAGCUCUUGGUUGCCAAAUAUAUUCUGUGUUGCAAUGAGAAUACAAAGUGAUAUAUGGGAUAUGCCUUGAAGUUUAUAUUUCAGUUCUUGUGAGGGGAAAAAUGUAAGCAUAUAAAUGGAAAUUUUCCAUCUGCACUAACAACUCAGAUGAUCUCUAUCCGUUUGCUCUCAAAAAUGGUAAAAGAUCAUGCACAAUAACACCAAUUGCUUGUUACAUUUGACUGGUUUUGUAAAUCACACCAAACCAUGAAAACAUGGUGACUUUAACCCCUUUUUGCCAGUGACUAUCAGGAGUCCUAUGAAAUUUGAUUACUUAUGGGUUAAAUAAGACUAAAUAUUUUUCCUUUUCCAUUCUACUUGUGUAGAAGGAUUUGAUUGACAAUCAGUUUAAAAAAACAAAAAAAACAAAAAAAAAAGGUAGAUUUCUAAAUCCACCUUACACUAAUUUGUUUUUUCCCAUUGUGCCACACAGAUGGGUGUGUUUCACAAUUAUCCAUUUUGCAUGCCUUUGGGUUAUUCUUUUGGAGUACUUCAGAAUUUUUUGUCAUAAAAAAUAGUAUUGGUGGAGUUUUUAUUAUUCCCUGAUUCAUUUGUACAAGGAUUUAAAUCUAUUGUUUACUUUGUGUGUGUGCCACUGAGUUUUCUUGCUUUGGAAAGUGUAAAAUUCUUUGAAGAAUGUUCAUGUAUAAUUUACUUAUACUGAUGAAAAGCAAUUCAUGGUUAAGGAGUAAUUAUACAAUACCUCAAAAUAAAUAUACAUUGUUUUUACAUUAUCUGUUUUUUGCAUCUGACAGCUAAAUUCUGAGUAAUUUUGCAUUAGUGAUUCAAAUUUUGUACUUAGAAGUUGGAUAUGAUUGUUAUAUUAAAGGGGUUGUUUAAGCUUA